GUACAACUCCCAAGUACUUGGCCGGUCCUGUACAAUCGCUAUUUAUGUUGCAUUAACCACUGAAGCUUUUCUGAAUUCGUCCAGAGUUUUGUCCGGAGCCUCUUAUUUAUUGAUUUCAGCUUUUAAUGAAAGAGAGAAGAAAUUGAUUUAACUUCCGUUGGUCUAACUAAGUAUUAGUGAAAGUAAUGCUGUGGCAUAGCUCUCUCCUUAAUUACACUGCCAUUAAUUCCAGAAUUAAAUGAGGAGGUUUAAUAAAUCAGAUUUAUGUGGUGGAACAGAUCAAUUACCUUAUGCUGUGUUAGACUGCAGAUUCCUCUCUGGGAGACUGAUCGAGCGUCGCUGAGUGGCAACAGCGACUCCAGCGUCAAGUAUGAAUUGUAGCCGAGCCGGGAUGUUCCCAAUCGCCUUCGGUGUUGGCCUCCAGCUCUUUCUGUGCUAUGUGUUGGCUGAAUCCACCUUCUUGGACAACGCGUUCCCAUUACAAGCAGCAUUGGCGCCUGUGGAACAUAAAAAGAGAAGCACUAACAAAUGUUGUCUGCUGACCCCUCCACCACCCCCGAUGUUUCCACCACCCAUCUUCAGGGAAAGCAAAAGUCUUGAAGAAUUAAAUUUGAAGAAUUUACCUUUGGAAAUAAAGACAACUGAAUCUUCAUGUAAAGUGAUAGUUGGACCUCCUGGACCACCAGGCCCACAGGGUCCACCAGGAAUUCCAGGGAUUAGGGGACCAAAAGGCGAGCAUGGAGAGAUUGGAAGGCCGGGAAGAAAAGGGAGAACAGGGUUACCAGGCCCCUAUGGACUGCCAGGGCCAGCAGGCUCCCCAGGACCAAUUGGGCCCAAGGGUGAAAUGGGUGAUCAAGGAUUAAUGGGAUUGCCAGGCGCAAGAGGACCAAUGGGCCCGAAGGGUAUGAUGGGACAUAAAGGUGAAAAGGGGAUAAGAGGUGAACGAGGUCAACAAGGAAUCAAAGGAGAAAUGGGUGUUAUGGGUCUUCCUGGAAUGCUUGGACAGAAAGGUGAAAUGGGUCCAAAGGGAGAAUCUGGAGCCCCUGGACACAGAGGACCUGUUGGCAGACCUGGAAAGAGAGGGAAAUCUGGACUAAAAGGGGAAAUGGGUCCAAGAGGAAUGAUAGGACCUUCAGGCCCACCAGGACCAUCUGGUCGCCCUGGUCCACCUGGGAUAUCUACAUCAGGUCGCUUAAUUGUCGGACCAAAGGGUGAAAGAGGACUCCCAGGGCCAGUAGGAAGAUGUUACUGCAAUCUCCCUCAGACUGUAAGCAAUCCUUCAUAUAGUGAGCUCCCACCUUUGGUCAAUUCUCCACAAGUACCAGUCAUAUUUGUUGUGGACAAUGAAGAAGAGCUGAAAAAGCUGAACACCGAAAAUGCACUAGCUUUCCGGAAAGAUCAGAGGUCAUUGUACUUCAAAGACACUGUUGGAUGGCUGCCGAUUCAGCUCUCUCCUACACAGCUUGCAGCUUCUUCGUCACAUUCAGCAGGGUUCUGUGGAGACGGAGUAGUUCAGGAGGAAAAUGGGGAAGAGUGUGAUGAUGGAAAUAAGAUUGUCACCGAUAGCUGUAUAAAUUGUAAGCACGCCUACUGUGGAGAUGGAUAUGUGUGGAAGGGAUUUGAAGAAUGUGAUGGCAAAGAUUUUGGUUACCAAACCUGUAAAACCUAUCUUCCCGGGUCUUUUGGGGAUCUGAAAUGUACAUCAUAUUGUUACAUUGACUCCACGAGCUGUCGGUAUUUCACAUGAGACUAUGAAAAACGGCUGCUGGGACAUGUCUUGUUGAAACAAAUUCAUCUGGUGCUAUCACAGAACCAACAGGUUUGGGCUGCACAUACACUUCCUCUGUUCAAUAUAACCAUAACCAGCAGCUGGAAGACUUUUAGAUAGUCGGAUUCAUUUCAAGUGAUUACCUGGAUGGCAAUUUGGACCAUUGCAUUUUGUCUUAAAAUAAAAGCAACGUCAACCACAAAAGGUACGAAAAGGAUGCUAUUUGAUUUCCACUGAGACCUUUAAAGUGUACAUAUACAUACAUAUUACACAUAUGUGUAUAUAUAAUAUAUUACAUAGCCAUGUCUAAAGACUGCUCAUCCGCAUUGGACGAUUCUCAGGCAGAAAUAUCAAAGAUGUGAUAUUGCUCCGCAAGAGACUGGAGUCAAAACUGCCAUACCUCGACUGUGCACUGUUACUGACUACCGUAGUUUUGUACCUGGACUUACUCAAGGAACUGACUGGCCGAAUUCUUGGUGCUGUGUUAAUACAGUGAAAACAGGAAAAUGACAAGAAUUCAGUCGCUGAAAUGUGAACUACUAUUUAUUGCAUUUGCAUGGAUAUUAUGCACAAAGAAGCAAACUGCAAAAAUCACUCUUCCGUAUCUUGAUUGCUCUUGGCUCAAUCAGCUAUUAUAUUAUAGGGUGUCAUGUUCUUAGGAUAUACACACACACACACACACACACACACACACACACACACCUACUCAUGUCCAAUAUUUGGAUAACUUUCCUUCAAAACAACGAAUAAUGCUACAAAUCUACCAACUAAGCCAAAUGGUUGCCAGCUGAAGCUGGGCUGUAACAUAUACUGCACAGAAAAGAUUUGAUGCUUGGGUAAAUGUGAGUGGUGACAGAUGUAGCAAAGGAUAGUUGGCUUUUUCUUGCUUCUCAGAGAAUUUUUCAUUUUGAAUACAAAUAAUGUUCAGCAGAAUGUGCAAUUUCAUUCUUAAAAUGCUCCAUGCCAGAGUGUAGUAUUCACCUAUCACCUAUAUUUAUAUUUCCUCACGUUGUUUGAGAGUGUGUGUUGGAGUCAGACAGACACAGAAGGAAGCUGUUGGGUCCAGUCAACCUCAAUUCCUUGCUAUAUUCCUGUGCAUUUAUUUGCCUCUAGUAUCCAUCCUGUUAUCUAAUGGGCAGUGAGUUACAGAGGUGUGUAAAAUGGUUCUUCCUCACAAUAAGUUGUAUCACUUGCCCCAAGACUUUAAACUUGGGCCACUUAGUCCUUGUCCCAUCCACUAAGGUGAAUAGCUUUUCUUUGUCGACCUUACCUAAACCUGUUAUUAUCUUGUAAGCUUCUAAUCAUGUUCCUCCUCCUCAAUCUCAUUUGCUCCAAGCCUCUCCAGGACGACUAGUAGCCUGUAUCCCUGGAACCAUUCUGGUAAAUCUCUGGACCAUCUUAAGGACCGUCACAUCCUACAGUGCUGACCAAAGCUGGACUCAGUACUCUAGUGCACAGAGUGUUGGCUGUAGGUGCAAGAAGAAUGAUGCACAAACAGCCUCUUCCUCCCUUUACUGGCAUUUUCAUUCUUCCUACAGUUAAACUAAGUUUAAAAAAAAAAUUAUGUUUGACAUGGUACAUUGCCUUGCAUUCAGAGCUGAAUCUGACACCUUUCCCGAGUCCUUCCCCAUACUCAAACAUCUCUCUCUCUCUCACACACACACACACAGUGGCAGUACAUAAAUGGAUGAAUAGAUAGAGUGCAUGAACUAUAGAUAUCACAAGCAAUAAGCUGGCGUAAGUGGAUAUCAGUCUGCCACUAGAAAUGUAUAUAGUAAGAUGGUCAUUGUGGUUAAAAUGUGAUUGUUUUAUCCACUAGCUUUCACAAGAAUUGUCGCUAUAAUAUAUGUAAUAUUGCAUGUCCAUAAUACUAGAAUUUAUA